UGACACAGAAGCAGGUGCUUGAUCAUUUAUGACUGGAAUAUGGAAAGAUUUCAAGUAACGGUAUUAGUUUUGUUGUACGCAGUACUUAUUAUAACAUCAGUCAUAUGUCAUGAAGAUAUACCAAGACUACUCAUUGUGUCAUACGAUGGCUUCCGCUGGAAUUAUCUAACAAGAACACCGACACCGAAUUUCGACUACCUCAUCGAAAAAGGUGUCAAGGCAGAAUGGAUAAAAAAUGCAUUUCCAACUAAAACAUUUCCAAAUCACUACACUAUCGUCACUGGUUUAUAUCCAGAAAGUCAUGGGAUUGUUGGAAACACUAUGUAUGAUCCGGUAUUCAAAGAGCGUGUAUAUUUAAAAGACGCAAGUACUGCUGAACAGGCUAAGAAUUUUGAAAAAUGGGUGUCAAAUAAACUUAAUAUGCCCAUCUGGCUGGAAAAUCAAAAAGAGAGCAGCAAACGGUAUAGUGGUAGCAUGAUGUGGCCAUUUUCUGAAGUCCCAGUCGAUGGACAACUCCCAAAAAAGUUUGUGGACUAUAACCAGAGUACAAGUAUUCAGGAUAGAAUUGAUACUAUAGUGGAUUGGUUUCUUGAUGAAGAUGAGCCUAUUAAUUUAGGACUGCUAUAUUACCAUGAACCAGAUCGUACUGGACAUAACUCUGGACCUGAAUCUGAAAAUGUGACAAAUAUGAUUUCCUUUUUAGAUAGUGCCACAGGCUAUCUUAUAGAGAAGUUAAAAAGAAAAAAUUUAUUUGAUUCCACAAAUAUUAUUCUUACCAGUGAUCAUGGAAUGACAACAGUGUCAGAUGAAAAAAUUGUAUAUCUUGAUAAAUAUGCAGACCCUGCUUGUUACCAGGCUGUAGGAUAUGGUGCAUUUGGUAACAUAAUACCUGUUGAAGGGAAAGAAAAGGAAGUUUAUCAAAAUUUGUCAAAGGCACCACAUCUGCAUGUAUAUUUAAAGAAAGAUGUGCCUGAAGAUUAUCAUUAUAAACACAAUAGAAGGAUACAACCUAUUGUGGUGGAACCAGAUUUAGGAUGGUUCUUUUUUCCUAAUUCCUCACAAAAAUUGGAUAUUAAGGGUCAACAUGGAUACAACAACAGCCUUCGGGAUAUGCAUCCUUACUUUAUAGCUCAUGGACCUGCUUUUAAAAAAGGUUUUUUGUCAAAAGAGUUUAACAAUGUGGACAUCUACCCUCUAAUGUGCAAGUUAUUAGAGAUAAAACCAAGUAAUCCAGUGAAUGGAAGCUUAGACAAUGUGAACCAUCUUCUCACAGGAGCCAAUUCCAGCAUGGAUACAACUUUAUUGACAUAUGCUAUUAUGAUUGUAUUUGUUGCCACUAUAGCAGGGGUAUUUUCAAUUUUUGCAUGCAGGCAACAACAUCGGUAUCAUAAAGUCAUCCUUCGGCACAGCAGGGUGGUCAAAGCUAAUAUCAAUGGGAUGGAAUCAUUGGAUUCAGCCCAGCACUUGUUGAAUCCCAUUUCAGAUGAUGAGCUUUAAUUUUUUAAUGAAAAACUGAUUAUCCCAAUAAGUCAUUUAGUAUCCCUUGGGUUUUUGUAUUUUUUAUUUUGCUUAUAUUUUGUGUAUUUUGUAUAGCUGUGAUGGGUUUCCUUAUAAAGAGUUUGAUUUAGACAUCAUGUUUUUUCUGUGCAAUGUAGUAGAAGUUCUUCAUUUUGAUUUGUGUCAUGUUUAUCUCUGUUUUAGGAUUGACAUACUGUCAGAAAUUUGAUUGACAAGACACAGUAAUUUAAUAAUAAUUAUUAUUUUUUUUUUUUUGCAAUCAAUUUUGAAUCAUGUUGUGAAAUUGCUCAUGGAUUAAGGUAAAAAUAUUUUCUCAGAUGUGCCCAAUGUAGAUGCAAGUACAUGGAGAUCUGCUUUGCUAACAUUCAUUUAAACAUUUACUAAUAGGACAUUAAAAUAGAGAGUGGGAAAGACAGUGUCCACAUUUAAGGGGUUAGCCAUAGUAUAGUCACUAGUAUAAUUUCUUGGAGUAGAUAAAUGUUCUUCUGUGUGUGUGUUUGUGUGUGUACUUUUUACAUAACACUUCACACUUUGUUUCUCUUUGAUAAUCAGCAUUAAGAGUUAUAAUGUUGAAAGUACAAUUUUAGCUGAAGAAGUUUUUCAUUAUGAAUUUAUGUUGUUACAAAAGAAUAUUCAAACAUAAUACUCCCAAUAAAGUAACUUUACACAGUUCCAUAACUCUCAGUGACUCUUGUUUGUCAUAUUCAUAUAUGAUAGUGAAUUUCAUCUCACUGUUUAGUGCUAAGUAGCUCAUGGACAUUUAAUUGUAGAUAAAUAAAUUUCUUGGGUUAUGGUUAAGCACAUGAAUAGCUAUCAACACUAGAUUGCAAUGCUAUUCACAAACUCAACAGAUCUGGAUUUUUGAAGCAGUCCUAUGCAAACUAUGAGUUAUCUACAGAAUCAUUUCUGGACUUGUUAUUUACAGUUUUGGUAGUAGUAUUUUUUGGGAACAGCGUUAGUGUUGUACGUGUAAUGUGGUACAGGUAUGCUUGUCGUUGUAGUAGUAACUAUUUUAUUGAAUAGAAUGUGUUAUCUUGUAUCUCUCCCAUUUUUUUCAUACUUUUAGGAAAUGGGUUUUUAGUAAAGAUUAUACACAUAGGGAAAUGGUGAGAGUCAGUUGCAACCUUGAAAAAAUGUCCUUAAAAUUAGAGAAGUGAAGAACUGUUGAUAUUUAGACAGAAAAUAGUUGUACUAUUAGACAUGUUGAAGAAAGAAAUAUUGGUGUAGCAUGCACAAAGGCAGCAGGAAAUAUAACUUUUUUGUCCUGGAUUUUUGAGAGGACUGACCUUGAUUUAUUUCUGUUGACAAGCUCUGGCUAUACUAGUUGUUUUCACCAGAAGCAAAUUUAUAUCUAAACCAAUCAUAAACAUGCAAUACUUAUAUUAUAGCAAAAUUAAUUUUUCAAUGUGAAGUAGUUUGGCUCAUCAACUAGAGCAUACUGUUUUAGAUACUUCUUGUCAAUUCUUUGAAUUCUAAAGGGAGAGAAUAUACAACCAAUUAAAAAAUUUUAUUUCUUGCUUAAUUGGCAAUAUGAUAUUGACACAUUAAUAUGAGUUGUGGCUUCAAUUGAAGUAUACAUAUAACAUAUAUAAUAUACAUGUAAUAUAUAAUAUUUAUAAAAUAUUUCAAUCACUACUGCUCAGAAGCAAAUGGUACAUUUUUGUGACAGUAAGAGUUAUUUUUGGAUUAUCUUAUGUUAGUUUGGUGCCAAGAUUAUGAUUACGCCAAUAUUCUAUUUACUUAAAAAGGUAUCCUAUCCUCCUAAAACAUAUGUUCCUUGAAAUGAAAAGUGAUCUUCUGCUCGUGAACCAUUGUUUGGCUGCUCCCUGCUCUUGGAUUGACGUUUUAUGCUAUGGUUGAUUCUAAAUAAAUUGUUUCCCAUAUUGAUAACUGUAUAUAUAAAAAUAUAAUUUGUUUUGAAGAUCUGAAUUGGGGGA